AACGUUCCCUUGAUCCCGUCUUGAUCCUCCCCAGUUCUUAUUUUCCGUCGUCCUCGCCAUUUGGCCUGGUCAAUUUAACUGGCACACCUGUUGUUUCAUUUGGUCUCAACCUCUGAGAGAUGUCGGCCGGAACACCCGCCCAGCUCAUAUGGGGGCCUAUGCUCAUAGGGACUUUCCUCAAUGUGCUGCUCUAUGGCGUCUCUGUCACCCAGAUGUACAUGUAUUACAGCGGUUACAAGAAGGAUAAGCCAUGGAUGAGAGCGUUUAUCAUCUUUCUGUUCUUGGCGGACACUGUCAAUACCGCUUUCGACAUGCAGAUGUGCUAUGACGCUCUGGUGAACCAUUUCGGCGACCAGACCUUCAUUCUAGCUGCAACUUGGGUGUUCGCGGCAGAUCCCGUCAUGACAGGUAUGAUCGGGAUGUCCGUUCAGCUCUUCUUCUCGUGGAGAAUCAAGGUCCUCACGGGAAGCAUAUGGGCCGCGUUGUUUGUCGGAUUCUUUGGGGUUGUGCAGUUCUUGGCUGGACUCGCAACCUCUAUUGCCGUCGGGAUCAUUCCUCAUUUCCUCGACUUCCAAAUCUUCAAACCCGCCGUUGUCGUUUGGCUCGCUGGCUCAGCGUUCUGUGACUCGAUGAUCACGGUUGUUUUAGUCACUUAUUUGCGCAGAAACAAGACCGGUUUCGUGGUUACGGACGGCGUAGUGGACAAGAUUAUCAGAUUGACUGUACAGACCGGCGCCAUAACAUCCGCUGUUGCCAUUAUCGACUUGGUGUUGUUUUUGGCAAACCCUGCAGGGCUCCACCUCGCCUUCAACAUCCCACUGUCUAAACUUUACACCAACUCGCUCCUUUCUAGUCUGAAUGCCCGUGGCGGCUGGGCAUACAACUCUUCUUCUCGGCCAGACCCGCAAAACCACAGUGUCAGCCUUCAACAACGACGCCGUGACGUAGUCAACUUUGAGGCGUCCACCGUCCGGCCAGAGGUCUAUGUCAAUGUUGAGAGUCACGAGAUGACGGACCAAAACGGAAGCGAUCAAAAGGGAAGGUCUUUCAUGGAUCCCGAGUCUCUAGACUCGAAAGAAGAUUCGCUCAGCAUGGGAAGGCCAACUGUCGUGUAAAUGUGCAGUCUUGGAUAUAUAUUCUCGGUUCGCUGUCGUUCCCUAUUCAUUACUUCUUCGAAGAUAUUCACAGGGUCCGAUGAGGUAUAUAGAUUGACACGAUUGUCGUUUGUGUUUCUUGAAAAGUCGUUGCGGGCGGUUUUCCGCCACAUACACGCUGUAACCCUAGAUUAUUCUUUUGUUAUCGUUCUACUCUCUGGAUAUCUUACACGAUAGUUGUUUUUGCUGAGAUCUGUACCCACAUCUUUCGGCGUGUCACCC